AGCCAAAGGAGCUAGGUGCAGUUUUCCUACGCGGUUCGUGUUGACGUAGUUGCUUGCGUUUUAAGCUAUGUCAACACGCUAGACAGAGAAAUAGACACAUUUGUCGUUGAUUUGAUGGGUUUACCUCGACGACAAAAAGGGCAAGUGGUUAAUUUAAGCUAGCUCCUCUCUUGUUUGCCGCUGAGCUAAUCUUGCAGUAACCUCCGAGUCGGUGAUCAGGACCAAUGCCUCAGGAGGGAGAACAAUCUCUUCCCCUGGUUCGCUCUCUGAACAGCCAGAUUCGCGUUAAUGUUGUCUUCUGUAACCGCACCAGUCGUGUUGUCCGGCCGCUGUGGAUAAAUUACCGCGGCGAGCCACGACCUUACGCAGACAUGCUGCCAGGAUCUGGACGGAGAAUGAUCACAUACGUUGGUCACCCUUGGCUCUUCAGAGAUGCAGAGACGGAUGAACCUUUAAAAGUUAACUGCAAGGAGCUUUUUGUUCCUAAACCAUCAAAUGAAGAGGAUGUGCAUGUUAAUAUAACCUUACCAGUUGACAGUCUGAAGGAUCGAGCUCUUCAUGUUGUACGACGUCUGGUGCAACCAGAGGACUACAGAAGGCUUGAAAUCACAAGAUGCCUUAAAGAGGAGCUGGAAAAUCCACCUGACCAUCUGAAAGAUCUCCAAAGCAUUAAUCGGCGUGUAGAACAGCAUUUGCUGGAGAGUAUCCAAAGGAGUGAGGGAGCAGAAAGCUAGAAAACUGGAUGAGUGUCUGCUACAUAUGUGCUGUAGUGGUCUCUCAAAGACACUAAAGACCGCCUGGAUGGGUCUCCAUUGUUCAUUUGCUGUAAAUGAGUCUUACUUUAAUUUGCUGUCUGAUUUGUCAAAUUCACUCAGCAGUUCUGGCAAAAAUGUCCAUUUGGCCUUCCAACAAGAGCAUUUUUUAUGAAUUAAAAAUGCUGUAAUGAAACAAUAACAGGUGGAUGGAAUAUAAACACUUUAUUUUUUGUAAUAGCAAAAUAUAAAGACAUUUUUAAGAGCUAUAUGCAACUUUUGGGAACUCUUACCUUCACUCUCAGAUUAAGUACACAGUUUAAGAAUUUUGUUAAAUCUUUUUUCUUGCUGUUAACUUUCUGAGAAAAUGAGUUAAAUGCUUCUAAAGGUUUGAUGAUGGAACAUCGUGAGAAAAGUGAGCUUUUCUUUUUCCUGCUUCAUUAUUUUCCUUUUUAUCCAUCUCUUUCCUGGUUUUGAGUUUGCAAUAGCUGCUUUCCCUGGACUACUUUCAAUGUUUAUUUUUUGAUGAAUAAUAAAUGCUAAACAUUU